UCUUCUCCUUCUCCAUCUCUUUCAACUUCUCUUCCCUUUCCAGGUUCUGGUUUCCACCUUCCAAGGUAAUCAGUUUUUGAUUCCUCCUUGAUCGUUUACGAAUUGGAUUUCUCAACUCAAUCUCACUCUCUCGACCUAGAACAACAUACCCAGAAUCUGGUGCGAAGGAGAACCCAGGAUCUGCAAAUCUGAAACUUUUCUUGGGGUUCUCCCUCAACCCAUAAACCAAAGCUUUCUCUUCCAGAACUUCCCUGCUCUUGCUUUACUACUCUUGCUCCUGCUCCUGCUCUUGCUUCUCCAUGGAAGAAGACGACAAAGGAGAAGUAGAGUCAUCAUCACCAUCGUUGCCGCCGAUCUUAGGAGGAAGGGGAAGGGUGGCAAGAGGUGGAGAGGAAAAGGAGAGAAGGUUUGAGAAACUAGAAAACCCAGAUAUGGGUCUGCUAGUUGCCCUGUUUGAGUUUGGUGGGUUUGAGAAAAACCCAAAGUUUGGUGGGUUUGAGGAGCUUGAGGCACUGGUGGAUGUGGAGAAUAUUGGGUCGCAAAGGGUGCUGGAGAAUGCUGGGUUUACAAGGGAAGGGGUUUCGAGGAAGUAUUAUAUGCUCAAGGGAAGAACAAGAGAACCCAGAUCUGGAGAGAAAGAAGAAGGGAGAAGAGAAAGCAAAAGAAUAAGAAGAAGGAAGAAGAAGGAUGAGUAAGGAAAGGAAGGAGGAAGGUUGAUAGAGAAGAAGCAAAACUGUUGAAGGGGGGACAGGAGGAAGAAGAUGAAGUUUCUUUUUUUUUUUUUUUUAAGGUUAAAAAAUUGUGAAACAAUAAUAAAAAAAUAUUAAAUUU